GACUGUCAACUCUCCGUGCAACGCGGGAAGAUAACAUGGAAUCAAUACUUUGUGCCAUUCGUAUAUCUCCCCAAGUAGAACAAGAUACCUAGAGUAUUUCCUAUUAUAGACAUUGGCUACAAUAUCCACAUACGUACAUUUCCCCAUCAUCAACGAUCAAUCCUCUAUUUGUAUAGAUGCCUGGGGACCCACAACCCAUCAUUCCUUGCUCGUCAAAUACACUACGUCGACGGAGUGCUCCGUACCGUUCUCGCCGUCGGAAUUGCAGAGUCACAUCACCAUGUACGUCGGAAAAUAGCAUGUUACGUAGAUGUAGAUCUCCGAACCAGCGGGGAAAGGGCAAUUUGAGCAAGGCGAGGCGAGUGCCUGUCCCCAUUUCAUUCCAUUCCCAUCCCAUUCCAUUCCACUGCAUCCUAUCGUAUCACACCGUUCCCGUCUCGUUUCAUUUCAUUUCGUACUCCGUUGUGCUGUGUUGUGUUGCGUUGCGUUGAUGUGUAACUAACUAGUGCGAUAUGUGUUGUGUGCAACUUUUUCCCAGUCAGGUCGUUGGUCGUAAG